AUGAUGUCGAUAAAUGUCAAAGAUGAUUCAGCAGACUCUCGCCUCACUUACAACAUGCUACAAUCCAAAUCACAAGAAACAAAAAUCCAUACUAAUGGCAAACAGAUUUAUAAUACGACGUCCCAAACUAUUGAAACCGAAGAUGGUGAAGCCGAAAUUUGUUUAACACCGACUUGUGUUAAAGCUGCUGCCCGUUUGAUGAAUGCUAUGGAUGAUUCUGUUGAUCCAUGUGAAAAUUUCUUUGAUUAUGCUUGUGGUAAUUGGAAUAAAGUUAAUGUUAUUCCUGAUGAUAGCGCCUUGUAUAAUACAUUUGGUAAAUUACGUAAUGAUCUUCAAGUCAUGGUUAAAGAUUUAUUAAAUAAUCCUGUCAAUGAUAAAGAUAGUGCUGCUAUGAGAAAAGCAAAAUAUCUUUAUGUUUCUUGUAUAAAUGAAACAUUAAUUGAUGAACGUGGAUUAACACCUAUCAUGAAUCUAUUAGAAGAAUUAGGAAGUUGGCCGGCAGUAGUUGGUGAUGAUUGGAAUGAAGAACAGUUUGAUUUAUUAGAUUUAAUAGUUAAAUUACGUUUAUAUAAUAAUAAAAUAUUAAUAGAACAAUGGGUCAGUGCUGAUGAUAAAAAUUCUGAAGUCAAUAUCAUUCAGUUAGACCAGCCUGAUUUAGGUAUGCCAUCUAGAGAUUACUAUUUGAAAGGUAGACAUCAUAAUACAGUUCUAGAAUAUGAAAAUUUUGCAAGAGAGGUAGCUGAGUUAUUUGGAGCUAAUAAAUCUAUAGCAGAGAGAGAUAUUGCUUUAAUGAUAGAUUUAGAGACUGAAAUAGCAAAUUUAACGAUUCCACCUGAUCAAAGAAGAGAUAAUGAAAAAUUAUAUAAUAGAAUGACAGUUAAGGAAUUAUCAGAGAAAAUACCUGGGUUUGAUUGGUUGCGUUAUUUAAGGAUGAUAUUUUCCAAUGUCAAUAUUACUGUUAAUGAAACAGAAGAACUUGUUGUCUAUGCUCCUGAUUAUUUAGAAAAUAUGGUGAAAUUAAUCAACAGAACAGACAAACGAAUAUUAGCAAAUUACUUGUUCUGGAGAAUAAUGAUGAACAGAGUGACAAACUUACCUGAUAAAUUUAGAGAUAUACGUAAAAAAUACCACAAGACAAUAUUUGGGAGUGAAGUUGAGAGAUCCAGAUGGAGAGAUUGUGUUGAUUAUGUUAUAGACAAUGUUGGAAAUGCUGUUGGUAGAUUAUUUGUUGAGAAACAUUUUGAUGAAAAUGCCAAAAGUAUUGCUUUAGAGAUGAUCCAUAACAUACGUGAAUCAUUCUAUCAAUUAUUAGAUGAAGCAGAUUGGAUGGAUAAAAAAACACAAAUUGUGGCUAAAGAAAAGGCUGAAAGCAUUGAUGAGAAGAUUGGCUAUCCGGAAUAUAUUCUCAAUAAUACAGCUCUAGAUGAAGAAUAUGCAGGCGUGAGUUAUGCUCUUUUAAUAUUAAGUUAUGCUAAAACUGAAUCCCCCUUUAAGGUCGAGUUCUAUCCUGAUAAAUAUUUUGAAAAUGUGAUGGCCAAUAUUAGAAGUAUUGCUAUAGGUAAUUUAAAACAGUUACGUGACAAGGUAGAUAGAAGCAAAUGGUCAACAACACCAGUAGUGGUAAAUGCAUUUUAUAGUUCAGCCAAAAAUCAGAUAAUGUUUCCUGCUGGGAUUCUACAACCUCCAUUUUACAAUAAAGAUUACCCAAAAUCAUUGAAUUAUGGUGGAAUUGGUAUGGUCAUCGGACAUGAAAUUACACAUGGAUUUGAUGAUAGAGGUCGCCAGUUUGAUAAAGAUGGUAAUUUAAUUCAAUGGUGGGAUGAUGAAGUUAUUGAAGCAUUUAAAAAUCAAGCUCAGUGUAUUGUAGAACAAUAUGGUAAUUAUACAGUACCAGACAUUAGUUUACAGGUAAAUGGAGUUCAGACUCAAGGAGAGAAUAUUGCUGAUAAUGGUGGUUUGAAAGAAGCUUACAUGGCCUACCAGAAGAUGGUUGAAGAAAAUGAAAUAGAAAAAAGAGUUCAUCUUCCUGGUAUAGAACAUCUCAAUAACUUUCAGUUAUUUUUCCUCAACUUUGCUCAGGUAUGGUGUGGUACAAUGAGACCUGAAGCAUCAUUUAACAGAAUACGAACUGGUGUACAUAGUCCUGGAAGAUUCAGAGUUGUUGGCACCCUUCAGAAUAUGGCUGAAUUCUCAGAGGCAUUUAAUUGUUCAAAGUCAUCGUAUAUGAAUCCUGAGAAGAAAUGUCGAGUAUGGUGA